CAAGCCACCCCUUCUUCCCGCUCUCAAGCCAGCCACCCCCCUGUGGCCCAGAUGCAGCGACCGCGUGACCGCAUGCGGGCGCCUGCGCUUAUCGUGGGCCAACCUGCUUUCGACCUAGCGGGGCAAGAUUUGCUGAUACAAUUCUCCUGGAAACAACUUCCGUGAGGCCAUUCAUUGCCCGGACACCACGCUCCAACCCACCAGCCCACGGGCCUGGAAAUUUGAUCCGGGGACACCAGAGCAAAAUGUCCCAGCGGCGCCUGAGGCCCAUCGAACCAGCAAAUCCCCCGCCCGAGGAGCCCGGCGGGCCUUCCGUCCCAACACGCGGGCGGAGCAUCACCCGCAAUGCCAGGAGCAACGCCACCGCCGCGUGCCUGGCGUGCAAGGCCAAGAGAAGAAAGUGCAGUGGCCCGCCCGGACCCUGCAAUGCUUGCAUCGCCUCCAAGACCGACUGUGUGUUCAGAGAAGAUCUCGACGGGCGGCGGAAAGAGGCCAUCAAGCGGAAGCUGGAGGAGGGGACCGAGCAUCACCGCGAUCUGUUGAGAGCUCUGCUCCGGUCUGUUCGAUCGAGUGACGAGAAUGAGGCCCAGCACCUCAUCCGGCUGAUUCGAGAUGACGCACCGCUGUCAACCAUCAACUCCGUCAUCGACGAAAGCGUCAGAAAACUUCGUGAAAACAGUCCCCAGACCGAAGCCACGAUUGAUGGCCUUCUCAGGCUGAGAGCCGAAGCUGCCAGUCUGGCCGAGCAGACUCCGCCGAAUCGACCGCGAAGGAAGACCAUGAGCGUGGAGCAGAUGACGGAUGAGCCACUCUUCCAGCUCACGGCCAGACCCUGGACGACAGUCACGGACGAUGAUUAUCUCGUCUCACACCUGGUCUCCCUCUAUUUCACUUGGUGGAACACCUUCAUGCAUCCGCUUCACGAACCGUUUCUGGUCGACGCCAUGGCAGCGGGAGACACCACGAGUCCGCUUUGCUCUUCGUUCCUGGUGAACGCCCUGCUGGCCCUUUCUUGCAGCUACUCGGACUUACCUGGGGCGUUCUCUGACCCGGACGACCCGGAUACCUGGGGAGAGCAUUUCUAUGACGAAGCAAGGCGCCUGUGGGACCGUGAGGAAGGGCGCGCCUCCAUGACUAACCUGCAAGGCCUGUACCUCUUGAUGCUGUACCAGAGUAUGCGCGGCAAAGAUCAACUUGGCUGGUCCACCAUGUCGCAAGUAGUCCACAUGUACCGCGACAUGGGCCUCUACAACCAGGUCAAGAUACCACGUGAUUGCCCGGCCGAAUCCGUGGACAAGAUGAAAACCGCCUUGUUGAAUGUCUCCUGGUCGGUCUUUACCUGCAACACGAUAUUUGCCAUUUUUCUUCUCAAACCCCCGACGCUCGAACCGCCGACGGUGGCGCGCCCUUUCACGGGGGAUGACCUUGAUAAGUCGGUAGAGUGGAAACCGUAUCCCCGCGCUGAGAGGACAGAUCCGCUGUAUGGAGAGGCCCUCGUGAAUGCCUAUUGUGACUUGGCCGAGAUAGCAUAUGAGGUAGCAUUAAGCGUGCCUUUCACUGAAUUGGAAGACGAGAAUGCAUCUCUGCAGCUGAUGGCGAGGUUGCGUACCUGGCACGAUAGCCUCCCUGCAACGUUGCAAGCCAACUCCGCCACGCCGGGGCCAUUGUUUGAGCUACAUGCCAUUUACUAUUCGUGUUCCCUCACCUUGAGUGAGGUUUCUGCGCGCGACACUUCGCCCGGGCCAACACCCGGCCACGCAUCGCCCAGCAUCCCGCCGACCGCGGGCAUGACUGCUCGCCGCACGUCCCUUCUCUUGAUCCAACACAUGUUGCCCCUGUAUCGACAGUUCCGCCAGACAUACGGCCUCGUUCGCGUGAUGGCCGGCAGUUGCCAGGCGGCGGCGGUGGCGUUUUUCAUCUUGCUGAAGGCGCUGCGUGGGCCGCCGUCGUCGCAGUCGGAGGAUAACGAAGACGCCCUCAUCGACCUGACGAUGUACUUGAUGAUGGGGGCCCGACGCUGGUUGGUGUACGCCGGUAUGCUCCGGAUGCUGCGGCCGACGGCGCAGUCGAUGGGGGUCCAGCUGCCUCGGCGCCUGAUGGAGAUCCUGGACGAGUUCGACAAGAACGUGUGGACGGUGGGGGCGCAUCGGCGCAUCCGCAGCGUCUAUCCGAACCUCGCUCUGGUGAAGAAGGACGCAGAAGACGGCGAGGACGUGACGAUGGGCGAGUUGCUGGCCCGAUGGGAAGCAGUGUGGACGGACGAGCAGCCGGACACCCGUCUCGAUAACUAG